UAUCUAUUUUGUUGGCUCAUCUUCUCUGCCCGAACUCCGCCACCGAGCCGAACUUCAGCGACUACUAUGAUUACGAGCCGGAGCAGAUGCGCGAGCCGGAUGCUCCACCAGAGACAGAUGUGGAGCAGAAGCUGCGUUCAGCCUCCAGUGUAGACGAACUAAUGAGUCUGAUCUAUCCUUCCUACUGGUCUGGUCUGAAGUGCAGGUCCAGACUCUCUGCUGCCUCGUCAGCCUCCAGAUUCUCCCACCGCCUGAGCCCUCAAGCUUACACCGAUGAGCCGAUGUAUGCUGCUGCUUACCUCGAUUUGGAUGUAUUAAAGAGUAUAGAGCUGGAGUGGAGGAAGACUCAGUGCGCACCCAGAGAAGUGUGUGUGGAUGUAGGCAGGGAGUUCGGAGCUCCCACCAAUGUUUUCUACAAGCCGCGCUGUGUAUCAGUGCACAGAUGUGGAGGAUGCUGCCACUCCGAAGAUAAACAGUGCAGGAACAUCUCCACUGGUUACCUCAGCAAAACCCUCUUUGAGAUCACGGUGCCGAUCACGCAGGGAACCAGGCCGGUGACCGUCAGUGUGGCUAACCACACCCAGUGCAGCUGUUUGUCUAAACUUGAUAUCUACAGACAAGUUCACAGCAUCAUCAGAAGAGCCUUGCCUGAGUGUCCUACACUCAACCAGACGUGUCCCUUUGGUCAUACCUGGAGCAUCAGUCAAUGUCGCUGCACCAUCAUGGCUCCAUAUGUGCAACACACCACUGUUCCCCCACCAUUGGUCCUUCCAAGGACCCCCCGGGAACUAAAUGAUGUCUUCUCAUCAGAUGUGUGUGGUCCAGAUAAGGAGCUAGAUCUGGAAAAUUGCCAGUGUGUGUGUAGGCACAGCAAUCCAACAAACAGCUGUGGCCCACACCGACACCUUGAUCAGAAAACCUGCCAGUGCGUCUGCAACGCGCUUCCAGCUCUGUCCUGUCCUCCAAACCACGUCCUCAACAAGGAGACAUGCCAGUGCACAUGUGAUAGAACGUGUCCAAGGCAUCAGCCCCUCAACAAGACAAAAUGCUCCUGUGAAUGUCAUGAAUCACCAAACAAGUGUUUUCUGAAAGGAAGAAGGUUUCACCAACCCACCUGCAGAAGGAGAGGACACUGCAUGUUGGGAAAUUGAAGCUGUAGAUUGGAGAGCCCGUUGCUUGUCCUGAUGACUUUUGCUUUUAAUGUGGCCCACUAUACCUGCAACACCCUGGUGGCAGCACGUGUCUUCAACACGGCAUAUUGCACAUAAGUAGUGUGUGUUGAGGCUCCCUCUGGUGAUGUGUGGCCAUGUAGAGGUCCACUCAUUUUUAUGUUUAUGUUUAUUUAUUUGGCAGAUGCUUUUAUCCAAAGCGACUUACAGUUUAUAACCUAUAGGGCAUGUUGUGAUCUGUGGGGGAAACCGGAGUACCCAGAGGAAACCCACGCAUGCAUGGGGAGAACACGCAACUCCACGCAGAAAGGCCACAGCUGAGUUUCGAACCUACAACCUUCGUGCUGCGAGGCAACAGUGCUAACAACUGCACCACCAUAUAUAUUUUAAAUGUAGAUUAGAUAAAUAAAUCUACUCAGUCACAACAUCAAGCCUUUUCUUGUAGUGUAGCAGAAUUAUCUAGUUUUUAUUCAGAAUCUUACCAGCCCAAAGCAAAGUUUCCCCUUAUUGCAGGUGACGUAUUACUUUCACUUUUUUUCUUAAACUGAACAAUUACAAUUAUCAUAAACAUUAAAAAUUAUUACCUUUCAGGGUUCCCACGUGUCCUGGAAAACCUGGAAAAUUUUAUACCAAUUUUCCAGUCAUGGAAAACACAUAGAAAUAAAAAAAAAAUAAAUAAAGGAAAAUGUCCUGGAAAUGUUUGAGUGUUCCUGGAAAAUAAUUUCCCCUCUUUGUGAAUAAAUAGAAACGGGUAAAUAUUUUACUCAUGAAUUUAUGCUUAUUUUAGAAUGGGGGAUACGCUAUUUUAGGUUUUGUGUGAAAAUAAGUCCAGGACUACAAUUGCGCUUCACAAAAGUGAUGUCAUCAAACCAGACACGGAGAAAAACAGAGGGGAAUGGCUGCAAGUUCAGCAAACUUCAAAUCCUUCCUUCAGGAGGAACGAGCCACCAUAAAUCUGGUCAUGUGGUCAGCAGCAGCUACGCUAGGGGAGAGGAGAUUCUGUGGUGACAUCACAUAUAUAAAGCACCAAUGUCUAAGUUGUAGUCAUGCUAAUUACGAACUUUUACAAGCAAAUAAAUCUCAAGGUACGUGACUGGCGUGGUUGAAACGCCCAUCAUUACUUUUCAUUUAAAUUGCAGUACAACCAUCGACAUAUAAAUAUUGGACAAUGGGUUUCCAUAGACUCCAAUAACACGUUUUUGAGGCCAAAUGGGAGGUGGCCACCACCGCCAUUUUGACCGUGUCACAGGUUCCGUCAAGCCCAGACAAUUCCACAAAAGGGAAGAGAGGAGGAACUGAGGGUGGGGCUGUAAGGCUGGGAUCAACUGACGACACCCGGUCAACUAGCUACAAGCUAACCUGAAGCUAACCCAAAGCUAAUGCGGAAGUGGGUGCUAAGCUAACGGAGGUAGCAACCUAGCUACAACUGGAGUUAACUGUGAAACACCAGAGCUUCUGAGUCAGAUACGCCGGGCUGACCACUGGGUAAAACCAGGUGGAACACAGAGGUCUCCGAGACCUCCACAAGCCAGCAGCCGCAAAGCAGACAAGCACAGCUGCGAUCUGAGAUGCGCAGAGCUGCCGCUGGGGAGAACAGGGUGGAAAGGUUUCCAUCCCAAAGCUCCAAAAGCCGGCAGCCCGCGCAGCAUACAGAAGCCGCGAUCAGACAGAGAUGCGCCGAGCUGCGGGGAGAACCAGCCGGCAGCCCGCGCAGCAGACAGAAGCCGCAAUCAGACAGAGAUGCGCCGAGCUGCGGGGAGGGGAGAACAGGUGGAAAACAUCGGUUUCCAUCCAGAGCUUCACAAGCCGGCAGCCCGCGCAGCAGACAGAAGCCGCGAUCAGACAGAGAUGCACCGAGCUGCGGGGAGAACCAGCCGGCAGCCCACGCAGCAGACAGAAGCUGCGAUCAGACAGAGAUGUGAUGAGCUGCGGGGAGAACCAGCCAGCAGCGCACGCAGCAGACAGAAGCCGCUAUCAGACAGAGAUGCGCCGAGCUGCGGGGAGAACCAGCCAGCUGCCCGCGCAGCAGACAGAAGCUGCGAUCAGACAGAGAUGUGAUGAGCUGCGGGGAGAACCAGCCGGCAGCGCACGCAGCAGACAGAAGCCGCUAUCAGACAGAGAUGCGCCGAGCUGCGGGGAGGGGAGAAGAGCUCCACAAGCCGAUAGUCGGAACCCAGCUCCACCAACAUGUUAUAUUUCAACCCAUUUUCUAAAGUGCAGCAUUAUGUUAAAUGCACUGGGUUUUACCCUAUUACAUUUCAAUUUCAUGGUUAAACAGUACAUGUUAAAAUCUAAGCUCAGCUCGGCAGUGACCUAAAAUAAAUAAAUAUAAUUUUACUUACCGAACAAAAUGAAGUGGAGACUCCUUGGACGCUCUAUUAGUGCAAUUAAUGCCACAGCAAGUCAUUUUGUCCAUCAAUUGCACAAAAAAUAUCCAAAAAAGAACACACAAACACAGAGACUCAAAAUCCCGGAACAUUUUCCAAGCCAGACCGAGGCUCUACUGAGGCUUUUCCACGGAGGUAGCUCUGUGGUCACGUAGGUCUGAGGCGGCGGUCACAUGGGUCUGAUGCUCAUUAAUUAUUAUUAAUUUUAGGCUUUUAAUACACUUAAACAGAACAGUGAGAAAAAAAUUCACCCCCCUCAGAGUUGUCAUGAGUGUAAACUAGAUUAUUUAAACCAAAAACAUGUUUUGGUACCAGGCUGUAAACAUGUUUAUUUCUGCUGUGAAAUUGGUAUUUUUAACAUGGGAGUCAAUGAGGAUUUGCUCACUUCUGACACCAGCCCCCAGCGGAUGAGGGUGGAACUGCAAUUUUUGGUAGUUCCGGGUUGGUCUCAAUUUUUGAGCUGCAUUGUGGAGGCUUGAGUACAACAUAUGUGCGAUCCGGGGCGUAAGGCAAAGCGGGUUAGAAAAUGAUGUUUUUAGCCUCGUUGACUUGCAUUAAUUUGAUCGUUCUGGGGACCCAUGAGCUGACUGGAAAGGGGGGAGACUUAUUUACAAUUUAGCAGGUGUCAGUUUUUGACGCAUGUUUAACUUUUUGUUAUUCAAAUGUUAAAGUUUAAUUAAAACAACAACUCUUGGAUUAUUUGUUCCAAACACCAAAGUUAAAGGUGCUGUAAUGCUUUUUCCAAACAAACUAGGCCAGCUAGCUAGCUUACACCAACACGGUCCCAGAACUCUCACCCCUCCCAUCAGGUAUAAUCAUUAGGCUGCGCCCCUCCGGAUAUGUGAACGUGCUCUGCCACAGUGAACAACACAAAGCAGUUCACCGGUCGCUGUUCACGUUUAUCAAUAUGGCGGAGUCACCAGUAGGUGAAAAAUAAACACUAUAAACAUCUAACUUUAAUAAUUUGUUUUAACUUAUUCAUAUGGUAACGAAGUAUGUUUUAAAAUGUUUAUUUAUUUAUUUAUUUAUUUAUUAUUUUCAGUACAGAGUAAUAAACAGCAUGGUAGCCUGCUAGUAAGCUACUGCUUACUGCUUGUUUUAUCUGUCAAAUAUUGUUGUGGCCUCUUGUUCUUUACUGAAAUGGGUUCUCUUUUUUAUUCUUGUUUCAACAUUAGAGUUUCCAUGACGAGAGCCUCACAGGGUCUGAUACAGAUGUAGUCGAGCCCACUUUUUUAACCAUCCGUCUGUCAAGACGGAGAACGCAAGCUUGUGACUGGUCAGGACGCCGCUGUUGUCUACACCGCCACCAUUGCGCCCUCAAAAACAUAAAGAGAGCCGAGGAUAACUAGCGGCAGACAUGGAGAAGCUUGAAGAAUACCUUGCGAAAAAACUCUAAAACAUGAACGUUUGAUUCCCCGUGACUGGAGGAGUGAAAAGAUACGCAGCAAGCAUUUUAUUUGUGGACGGAAAUGACAGGAAACUUGGGUUUAGAGGUGGCGAGCGCAUGAAGAGGUGGAGGGGAAUGAGAGACAAAUUUGUCAGUGUUAAAAAGUCUCAUAUAAAAAAACACAAUAUAAACACACUAUCUUGACACACACAUGACAGGAUACCUCCGAUCAGUGCUACGCCCUCUGUUGUCUGGCAGGGAAUUGCUUUGUAACACUCCCCAGGAGACGGGGAAGUAUGAGAACAAAACACUUCCAUCAAUCCGUGCGUGUCUGUCCCUUGCAGACCUGAAGGAGAAGCAUGAAUCAGGCUUAAUGGCCCCUACACUCUAGAAUUAGCUCCCUCUGUCAUUGAAGCAAGCUCCUUCUCUACAGGAGUUAAAGUCUCGCCUGAAAACUCACUUUUAUCUGCUAGCUUUCCCCCAACAUCGCUGACCCUGACUUUUGUAUUUUUACCUUUUGUACAGUUUGGUUUUUCCUUACGUUUAUAUUUUUGUAUGUAUACAUGUGUGUGUGUGUGUGUGUGUGUGUGUGUGUGUGUGUGUGUGUGUGUGUGUAGGUAUGCAGGUAGGUAGGUAGGUAGGUAGGUUAGGUUAGGUUAAAGCAUAGCUAUCUCCUAAUUAACUCCGUUUGAAUGAGGACAAGACUGAGUGAUUUGGGCAACAAUGUUCCUGAAACAAACAUCUGGAAUCUGUCAUCCACACCUUCAUUACAUCCAAAUUCUCUUUUGAUCAGUGUAAAUGAGACCGUGAUUUGCCGCCUUCAGAAGGUCCAAUACGCAGCUGCCAAAAUUCUCACUGGAACAAAGAAAUACUGUCACAUCACCCCGGUUCUGGAAGAGCUGCGCUGGCUCCCAGUGGCUUACAGGGUGAAAUCCAAUUUUUUUUAAAAUUAAUUUACAAAAUUGUCCAUAGCAUGGCUUCCGGUUACCUAGCAGAACUCCUCAAUUCGUAUGCUCCCUCUAGGUCUCUCUGCUGUCGUGAAAUUUCUUUUAGGAACCUAAGAAAAUAAUGAGAAAGCAGUCCAUGAUUAAAUCAAAAGGGCUUCAUUUCAAUAUUGCAAUAUCAAAAUGAGGAGAUAGUCGCAGAGACUCUUUCCAAAGCAGCUCCAGAAGUGAGUCCUGCUCAGCAGAGGCCCCCACGCUCUAUAUAUUCCCCUUGAAACACCCCCCCCCCCCCCC